AGAUGUUUGCCAAAAUAAAUGGAAGACUAGAUUAUUAUAGUAAGAAAGAUGUAGGAUUAGCUGAACAGCAUGAGAGUGGAGAUUGAACUCGUUCUUCUACAUGUCACCUUCUUUCAGAGCAGAUGUCACAGCUUUGGUAGUUAAUGACGUCUGUAGCCGACCUCCUCAUUCUGUAGCACUGGUGGUCAGGUUAAAUCUUCCCCUGACCAGCAGAGGGCAGCAAAGAGUACACACGGUCAUCUCUUCUAGGACCUCGUUUAGGAAUGAGAGGACCAAAGGUCAACAGCGGGAGGCGUCCACGAGCCGGGAAAUGUUUAACUCGCAGCCCAUGGGGGCUGUUUGUAUCCUCCCUGUUGUGCACCUUGGGGGGAGGGCGUCCCAAUUUUUAGAGCAGAUGAGAUCGAACCCAUGGGACAGAGGAAUUCUGCGGGACGCUGGAUGGAAGCAAAGAGUCUAUCGUAAACGAGGACGAGAGGAGGUGCCAGAGACCUACGACGUGACCCAGGAGCAGCAUCAGCGGCGUGUGGGUUUGAGUCGGAGUUCCUGCCAAGCAGACCACGGGAGGAACAAGCGGGUCGGCCAUGCCAAUGAUGGGGCUGGAGCUCCUGGGCUUUGUCCUGGGCGUUCUGGGCAUGCUGGCCACCCUGGUGGUCACGCUACUGCCCCACUGGAAGACCUCGGCCUUCACCGUCAACAGCAUUGUGACGGUGGUGGAGCAGAAGAAGGGCCUGUGGAUGGAGUGCGUCUUCCAGAGCACCGGCUCCUUCCAGUGCGACCCCUACGACUCCAUCCUGGCGCUGCCCGCCGACCUGCAGACAGCCCGCGCCAUGAUGGUCACCUCCAACGUGCUGUCCAUCCUCGGCUGCCUCGCCGCCACCCUGGGUAUGCAGUGUACCGUCUGCUUGGACGGCUCCUCCGGCAAGGCCAAGGUGGCUGGAGCAGCCGGCUGCUGCUUCCUCCUGGCCGGCUUCCUGUGCCUCAUUCCCGUCUCCUGGGUCACCAACGAGGUGGUGCAGACCUUCUACCAGCCCAGUCUGCCUUCAAUGUACAAGGACGAGCUGGGCGAGUGCCUCUACGCGGGCCUGGCGGCCUCCGUCGUCUCCCUGCUGGCUGGCGUCGUGCUUUGCCUCUCCUGCUGUGACGCCUCCGGGAGCGGAGGGGCCACCAGGGCUGGUACCGGCUACCCGUACCACGCACGGGCCCCCAGGAGGGCCCCUCACAGCAUGACCUUCCACGCCCCAUCCCUGCUAAAGCAGCAAGCCCGCUCCCGAGACUCCAGCUCCAGCGGCCAGGCUAGCGGCGCAGGGGGCGCCCCAAAGGGGAACCCCUACAACACGGUGGCUGGCUAUAGUGUCACCGGGUACGUCUGAAGUCGUCACCGUGUCCCAUCACUGCGGCAUUUACCCCCUGAUGCUCCUGAGCUCAUGCCGAUACUCUUAAAUAUUCCAUAAGUGGCGUGAAGAGCAAACUAUAAGUGUGUGUUUUUUAUUAUUAGAUAUUCUUUAAUGUUUUACCAAUGUAUCACAACUAUGCAUUAUUUUUUACAAAACGGUUUCUCCUUCUUCACUUGACUUUGUUCCUGGUGAGGGGUUGGACCGCAAUAUAACAUGAAUGACAUAUCUGUGAAAUUACUGGCUAGACUGAGUUUUUCAGUUAGAAACGCAACGGUUCCCGAAAUGCCGGACUGUGUUCUUACUGCCAAAUGAGGCAAUAAAUUCAAAUUCGGUGCAAAAAAAUAAAAUAAAUCGAUGUCUGGCUACCUUGUGCCAUGGCUGUGCCUCUUCUCACGAAGAUAAGGCCUCCCGUGUAAACACCAGAGGGCCGUAAUCAUUCACAGACGUGUGUGUCUGCCACUGUUUGCCCUUCGUGUGCAGCUGCGGCAAAUCUACCCCAACUGGAUCCAAUAAACAUCAAGGCAGAUGAUGGAGGGAUGUGACAUAGACUGUAAAAAUGCUUUAUAGUAGAUUGACUCCCAAUCAGUACAAAUAUAGCUAAUACUGCUUAUUCAGGGCUAUGGUCACCAUGCAGGAUGUUUAAUUUCAGCACCUUGCAUUUUGCCCGGUAGUGCUUUGCUGCGUUUGUUCACAAACUUCUGAAAAGCUCGCCAGGAUUAUGUAACUGCUUGGGUCAGGGUUCCACGUUACACUUUGUGACUAACUUCUGCAGAUGUUCAGGAGAACAGUUGAUUCUCGGACUGUCAACAAAAUGGCUGUCUCUGUGUCCCAAAA